UUUCCGUAUCAACUUGAAAAGCCAGUUAUACAAUACGACCAUCAUCUUCAUACGUAUAAACGUAUUUAUAAGUAAGAAAUAAGAACAUUCAAUAACCUCUGACAUUUCCUCAAUUCCCUGAAAAAAUUUCAUAAUUCAAAGAGUGUUCCUUGGAGAGAAAAGUUUCAUCCUUUCAACAGAUCUGAAGAGGGUCAAUUGAAAUUCGUUUUCACGAUUCAUCCGCCAUUUUUCCGGGGAAAAAACAAAAGGUGAGAUCAAAGAGGAAAAAUGGCGCAUAGGGUAGAACAGGAUUAUGAUUAUUUGUUCAAGAUCGUGUUGAUUGGUGAUUCUGGUGUCGGGAAAACAAACAUCUUGUCUAGAUUCACAAGGAAUGAGUUUUGUUUGGAAUCUAAGUCCACUAUUGGUGUUGAAUUCGCCACCAGAACUCUUCAGGUGAUUUCUAAUUUUGUAGCUUUUUUUUUCCUUUACUUUGGGAGAAUGAGCAGAAAGGAUAGUCUUAAAUUCACAAGUGGUAAUAUUCAGAGAAAUUUGAACAAGUAUCUUGUUUUCUGAAUGCGUCUGUGAUCUUGACAUAUGUCAAUUUCAAGCUAUUUCUUCAUUUUUAACGUGAUCUCUAUCUUAGGAUCUAAGAUUUGUGCCUUUUGGUUGGCUAGCUGCUUCAUGAUCUCAUAUUUAGGUCAACGAUAGUUCAUUUGAUGCAGUUGUGUUCUUAUUUUUACUCUUCUUACUUGUAAAGUUGCAUCCUUUACAUAUCCUUUUUGGUCAGUCUAAGGAACAUGCUUAUGUUAGGUACCAUGUAAGUGAAAUGAUCCUGUGGUGUCUUGCGCAUUGAAUAGUUUUAACUUUUUAAACUAUUCCGUGCAUUGUUCUCUCAUCUUUUUGAAUUUGGUUUUUUAUUGCUUAGAGAUUUUAAUAUCAAGAGAGAAUCUUAGAAUGUGCUGGCCAUGAGUCAUGAGGAAUUGCUUUUGUAUAGAUGGUGGAGAAACCCAAUGGACAAAAAGCUUCCCACAACUUGUCCCUAAUUAUGAUUUUUUUUCCUUAUCAUUAAAGUCAACUCUCCAUCCCUGGAGAAGUCAACGCAUCAAAACAUUAACAUAAUCAGCUGAUGUAUUGAAAAAUGUUGAUGGCUUAACUAUUACUUUUUGUGUGUUUUAUGUUUAUACAGGUUGAAGGAAAGACUGUUAAGGCCCAGAUAUGGGACACUGCAGGUCAAGAGCGGUACAGAGCUAUCACAAGUGCUUAUUACAGAGGAGCGGUAGGUGCACUUCUUGUCUAUGACAUCACUAAAAGACAAACCUUUGACAAUGUUCUGAGGUGGCUACGUGAACUAAGAGACCAUGCGGAUUCCAACAUUGUGAUCAUGAUGGCUGGGAACAAAGCUGAUCUAAACCACUUGAGAUCAGUUGCGGAGGAAGAUGGACAGACUCUAGCUGAGACAGAAGGUCUCUCUUUCUUGGAGACAUCAGCUCUUGAAGCCACCAAUGUGGAGAAAGCAUUUCAAACCGUGUUAGCAGAGAUUUACCACAUCAUCAGCAAAAAAGCUUUGGCUGCUCAAGAAGCAGCGGCUGCUAAUUCUGCCAUUCCGGGGCAAGGAACAACGAUUAACGUUGAAGACACAUCUGGAGCUGGCAAAAGAGGUUGCUGCUCUACUUAAUUGAAAGUUUAAACUUUCGUUUUCUAUUGCUUAUUCACUGUCUUUUUUUCUCUUCAAGUUUUGGGUGAUGAAAUGUAACAACGAUGCAAGACCAUGUAGAAUAUAUAUCUCUUCAUUUACUCUUGUCGUACCAUCUUUGAUGGGUUUGUGUUCAGAAAGAAAGAAAAAUGAAGAAAAAGUUUGUUAUUAAACUUCUCUUAUUGGUGUAUCUCUCUUGAAUUGGUAUGUUCCGUUUAGU